AUGGCAGCCGAGCCCGGAAAUCUACUUGACUAUGUCGCUACCGCAGGUGAUGGCUUACACCUCGAGGCGACAGUUCGGGGUCGGUACAAGGAGGACACCUUCUUUCAAACAAUCCUAGACAAUCCACGUCAGCAUAAGAACUUCACCAUUGAUAACGGCCUGGUCUACCUCAAAGACGGAGGGCGUACACUCCUUUGUGUUCCGCACAUCAUCGUGAACGGCCGGAACGUCCGUGAGAUCGUGAUUGCGCACGCUCACUCCCUCUUGGCUCAUCUUGGCAUGAGCAAGACAGUCAGCCUUCUGCGGGACCACGUGUGGUGGAAG